UCAGAAUUGCAUAUUUACUCCUUUUAUAGUAAGUCGUUAUAAUAAUAAAACAAUUGGCGCUCAACCGUCCCAAAAAUAAAAUUAAAAACGUCACAGAACAGAUUAUAGAAAAUAAAAGAGGGUAACGCUGAGUAAGUGAAAAAGACAUAGAGAAAUGUUCAUGUCUACUGCUAGGCAACCAAAAUUUUUGUUUUUAAAGCUAAAAAAUGCAAAAAUCGUUAAUGAUGACUAAUUGGUAUAUUAAUUUCUUUCAAAGUUUUGUAAAAAAAAGUUUAUUUUAUGCUGUCACAUUUUAAUUUUUUAAAAUUUAUUUUUGCUUAAUAUACAUUUUUCUAUUUUUAUUUUAUUUUAGAUUUUGUUUUGGAAAUUUUUUUAUUGUGAAAUAUUCCAAUUUUAAUUGAUGGCUGGACUUGAGGGAAAUCCAUUUGCUGAUCCUUUCCAGACCAACAAUUCGACUCCCACAAACACUGUCCCGCAACAACCAAGUGGUUAUGGAGGAACUGCUCAAAGUAUGCCGGCGAGACCGGCUCAAGCAACCGUACCGAUCAGUGAAGAAGAAUUGUUUCGCCAGCAAGAAGAGUUGCGCCGGCGUGAACAAGAAUUAAUUCGACGCCAACAAGAUUUGGACAACCGCGCACGUCAACAACAACGUGCGAGUAAUGGGCAGAGACCGCCUCACAAUUGGCCGCCUCUACCCAAAAUUAUACCGUUGGAGCCUUGUUUUUACCAGGAUAUUGAUGUGGAGAUUCCUGCACAGUUUCAAGAGACUGUUCGUCUUGUCUACUAUGUUUAUCUAAUUUAUGUUCUUGCACUCUCUAGCAACGUUAUGGGUGCCCUAUUUUAUUUUUUGUUUGCCGGUGGUGGUUUUGGCCUGAUGUUUCUCUCAAUUAUUCAACUUAUAUUGUUUACUCCCUGUGCAUUCCUUUUAUGGUUCCGACCUGUUUACAAAGCUUUUCGUGAUGAUUCUUCAUUCAAUUUUAUGAUGUUUUUCCUGGUCCUUUUCUUCCAUACAAUUUUCUGUCUAGUUCAGAUGCUUGGACUUUCCUAUGCCGUUGGGUGGACAAACACUAUUGAAGCAUUUAAAGAUCACUGGUUUAUUGGGCUUAUUAUGCUCGUACCAACCUUUGCAUUUACUAUUGCAUUUGCGGGAAUGUGUCUUUCAUUGUUUAAGGUGCACAGUUUCUACCGUGGUAACGGCACCGGUUUUAGUAUUAACAAGGCGCGACAAGAAUUUAGCAAUGGGGUAAUGUCUGAUAGAAAUGUUCAGAAUGCCGCAAACCAAGCUGCGCGUGCUGCAGCAGCUCAUGCCGUAAAUGAAAUGGUCAACAGUGGAGGUAGAUAUUAA